AUGAAUGCAGAAAUAUCUGUGUUUCAGAGAAAAAUCCAGAAGAGGAAAAACAAGAAGCAUACAGGCUUCUGUUUAGCAUCUGAAGGAGAGGAAGGUGAAGGUCCAGCUGCUGGACUUCUGGAUGGAGAACAGAUGCAGGUCAGGCUGGAGAGGGUCUGGAAUGCCCUGUGUCUGCCAGAAGGACAGCGACUAGACAUGGCCAUCAAAUACAGCUCUCAUGAGUACAGGAACCGUCUGCAGGAGGCAAUUGCUGCAUGGGAGCAGGCUGCUGGGUUGAUCCAGAAGAGGGAGCUCCUGCUUUCCAGGUUGGAAGACUUUGAGCGGGAGGCAUCUGACCCCAACAGAUUUUUCCAGCGAGGUUAUAAUGGUUCAUCCAUCGCUAGAAUGGAAGAGGCAAGUCAAAGGGAGAAGCUCAACUCUCAGAUUUCAGUUGUAGACCAAGAACUGUCCAAGACUAUGGGCCACAUCACAACCUGUUUCAAUGACAACAUCAGCUAUAAGGGGCGGCCGUACAGAGAGAAGAUGCGCUGGGACCGUACUGAGAUGCUGUACUGGCUGCAGCAGGAGAGGAGGGUCCAGUCUCUGGAGAUGUUUGUAGAUGGACGGAUGGCUCUGCCUGUAAGGCUUCCUCCUUUGAACCAAAGCAAGGAGCUUCACUUAGGCAACCAUCAAACCCUCCAGGAACAGCCUCAAAUUAAUGCAACACUGUGA